AUGCUGGCGCUUCUUCUUUUUUCUUUCCUGCACAACAGCCACCAGCAGCAAGACGAUUGCGAGUUCACACCUCGUAUCAUCAAUUCAACGACGAUAGUCGAGCUUGCAAAUCGUAAUUGCAGUACAAUCACCGGUCCGAUUCGAUUAGAUGAGACAUCUGAUGUGACAUACGAACAGCUCCAGGAAACAUUCCAUAACAUCCACCUGAUACAAGGUCCCAUGGAAAUUGUUAACACGUCAUUCACGAAUCUCAGCUUCAUGAGGACAUUGUUCACUCUACUAUCCCAUUCAGAAGAGGACAAAGGGUGUGAACUGGAUGGACCAGUAACACAGGCGCUUGCGUCUACUUUGGACGAUAACUGCAUAGCCAUAUUUGGUAAUUUUAUUCUUCCACCACUGGAUGCACCUUCUUAUGAUACUCUAUUACGGAAAUUUGGCACUGUUACCACUAUAAAUGGUGAAGUAGCAAUAGUCGGCACGGAACUUGUCGAUUUGAACUUUCUUGGGAGUUUAAGGAAAAUAUUUGUGGAAUACGACCUGAAAGCUACCGAAUUUGUGGAGAAAUUUCUUCGAAUCGAGAAUAAUGAGAAACUCAAAAGACUGGGUUGGGUUCUUCAGUCUGCUGGCGUGAUUACGGUCCAGAUUUCGGGAAAUCCUAACCUGUGCUAUACUUCAGCCGAAGUGUCUGGUCUGCUUACUUCAGAUUAUAUAAAUAGUAUUGAUGGAAGAAUCUGUGAAGAUACAGGAGUGAUAGAUGGUGGUGAAGAUGCCAAACUUACGUGCAGAAUUGGCGGAGAUAGUAAUCUGGCAAAUAUUCCUGCCAAUUGCGGAUCGCUGGUUGGACGGCUCACGAUAGACAACACCACAAACUCCUCGGAGUUAUGGAAACUAUUCAAUGUGACUGCAAUUUAUGGACAACUGCAUAUCAAAAAUGCUUCAAUCACUGGACUUGCUGCAUUGUGGAAAGUGGAACGGGUUAUCAGUUUCCAAGAGAAUGAGACGGCAGUGGUGGUGGAAUCGAAUCAACGUCUGAAGUCGUUCUUUUUGGAGCGUAUCAAAUUGAUAUAUAGUAAACAGCCGGUAAGAAUCCAGAACAACCCUGUUAUGAUGCUUAUGGACGACGAUUGUAAUGAUUUGAACAAAACAGCAAAGGUCGAAAGCGCAGGAAAUCGCCGAAAUUGUCCAGGUAUUGGUGGUUACAACAUCUAA